AUGUCGGAGAAAUCGAUGAAGCAAAUAGCUUCAAACGUUGAGGUAAAGGUUCCUAAAACAGACGUUGGUGACAAAAUUAUCAAAUUAAAGAAACAAAAAGCAGCAGCUAAAACUGCAUUUACAAAAUGUAAGAACAAGUUGUAUAACUUGAUAGAACAAGUUGAUGUUCCUUCCCGUCGGGAGGUUAGAGAUGAAAUUGACAAGAGGUGGAUAUUUGAGACCCAGAGACAGGAAUCUGUUGAAGUCCUCAGGGAAUGGAUUCUGCAAGAAUCAGAGUUUCAGGUCAUUGCCAGUGAAGUCAUAAAUGGGGUUGCUGAAAAGCAGAGGUGUGACAUGUCAUACACAGCAUUGAGAACAGUCCCAGUAGUUAUCACAAAUGGACAUCGCAGGAUUACAGUCAAUGCUCUCUUAGAUGAUGCAAGUACGCAGACAUACAUAAAUGAAGAUAUAGCUGCAGAACUUGGGUUACAAGGACAUUAUCAGAAAGUGUCAGUGAAUGUUCUAAAUGGCAGAAAGGAGAGUUUUGAAUCAAUGACUGUUAAUUUUGGGUUAGAAAGCAUUGAUGGUUCAGUUGAUGUAUCAAUGUCAGCUCUUACAACAACAAAAGUUACAGGCAAAAUGCAAGUAGUAGACUGGGAGAAACAUGGACAUAAAUGGAAACAUUUGAAUCACAUCAAAUUUCCGAAACUUAGUUCUCGUACUGUGGUGGAUGUCCUCAUAGGCAUUGACUACAUUGACCUUCAUCGGUCAUAUGAAGAGGUAGGUGGUGGUCAGGGAGAACCUGUUGCAAGACUUGCACCUCUUGGGUGGACAUGCAUAGGACGUGUUCAUGGUGAAAAUGAAACACAUUUUGCAAGUACUUUUCUCAUUGAUAACAAUAGAACAGAAUUGCAGAAUCUAAACGCUUUAGUGCACAAGUUCUGGGAAGUAGAGGAAUUUUCAUGUAGCACCAUGAAUGACUACAAUGAUGAUGAAUUGUGUGCAGUUGAAAAAGUUAAACAGACACUUCAGUACAACAAUGGUCACUACCAAGUAGGUAUACCUUGGAGAUUUGACACACGGAUGUUACCAGAUAACUAUAAGAUGGCUGUCAAUCGUCUUCUUAGCACUGAGAAGAAACUGUCGAAAGACAAAGAAAUGGCUGAAGCUUAUUGCUCAGUUCUAGAUCAAUAUGUGCAAAAGGGAUACAUUCGUAAAGUAUCGUCAUUGGAAAAUGAGAGUAAAUGGUUUCUUCCUCAUUUUCCAGUAGUACGUCCAGACAGAACUACAACCAAAGUACGCAUUGUAUUCGAUGCUUCUGCAAAGUGUCAGGGUGUUUCACUCAAUGACAUAAUACAUCCAGGACCGAAGUUGCAGAAUGAUCUUUUUGAAAUCUUGCUUCGAUUUAGGAAGCAGCCCAUAGCACUUGUUUGUGACAUCUCGGAGAUGUACCUACAAAUUGAGGUGAAACCUGAAGAUCGUAAAUACCUCAGGUUUCUGUGGCGACCCAUGAAUUCAAAUGAGGAACCACAGGUGUAUGAGUUUAACAGGGUGUUGUUCGGUUUGAAUUGUUCACCAUUCUUAGCGCAAUACAUUUCACAAGAACAUGCAAAAGCACAUCAGAAUGAAUUUCCACUUGCUGUAGAGACUGUAGUAAGCUUCACCUAUAUGGACGAUAGUAUGGAUUCGGUAGAAGAUGACAUGACUGGGAUAGAACUGUACAAUCAGCUGAGUGAGCUAUGGCGCACAGCAGGUAUGAACGCCAGAAAAUGGCUUUCAAAUUCGUUGGAUGUCCUUGAUGGAAUUCCAUUAGAAUCUAGGGCACAGAAGGUAAACAUAAACAAGAAUGAAUUGCCUUCAGUGAAAACACUAGGUCUUAUGUGGAUUGCAAAUGAUGAUGAGUUCAGUUUCUGUAUGAAUGUUCCUGAAGACAUUGUGAGAAUGACCAAACGAAUGUUUCUCAGUGAAAUUGCAAGGAUCUUUGAUCCGCUUGGACUCUUGACACCUUUCACCAUUGUGGGGAAAAUGAUGAUUCAAGAGAUGUGGAUAUCAGGUUUCGGAUGGGAUGAAGAGCUUGAUCCAGAUCUGAAUCUUAGAACUUUGAAAUGGGUAAAUGAGGUUAAAGAGUUAUGCAAUAUCAGAGUACCACGGUGCUUGAGAAUCAAAUCUGAAAUAGAAAACAAAACAUUUCAUGUAUUUGCAGAUGCAUCACAAGAUGCAUAUGGGGCAGCAAUAUAUGCAGUCUAUACUUACCAGAGUGGGGAAUUGGUCAGUCGUUUAGUUACCUCCAAAAGCAGGGUUGCUCCUCUUCAAUCUGUAAGCAUUCCAAGAAUGGAACUGAUGGCGGCAGGCCUUGGGGUGAAAUUGUUUGUUGCUUCAGCAAAGGUGUUAGAAAUGUCCACUGUCAACACGUAUUUUUUGGUGUGA